GAGUGCAGGUUUCGAUCAUGUGACCUGUGGAUCACAAGUUCAAUCCAAGAUGGCGCCGCCACCUCCCCCUCCCCCACCACCACCGCCUCCUCCGCCGGACUCUGCCGGGGUUCCUGCGCCUCCACCACCGCCCAGCGACCCGGGAAUGACUAUAUUAAAUGGCCCAACAGCUACAGCACCUGGUCAGUCCAAUGGCCCAGUGGUGGCUGAAGCCAGCGUGAACGGGUCAGAGGCACCGCCCCAAGGUGGACCGUCCUGGGAGAGAGCCUGGACACUGGACGAGCUCAGGACAGGAAGCACCAACUGGUCACUUGCCUCAGAUGCAGGCCUCCUGUUGCAUUUACGAGAGUUCUCCCAGCGGAUGAUUUCCAGAACACAUGAGAUGGGGAAACAAGUGGAUGAUUUGAUGCACGAGAUGAAGGCCACAGACACCAGGGUCCACAAUGUCUUCAACAACUUCCUCAUGCUGGCCAACACCCAGUUUGUAGAGAAUCGUGUGUAUGAUGAGGACGUCAGUGAAGAUGCUAAAAACAAGAGUGAGAAUGAAGAGAAGAAGACAGACCAGGAAAAGACCAGAGAGCAGAGAGAAGCCGAACUGAUCCCCAAAGUGUCGGAAGCGCUGGGGUACGGACUGAGUGUCAUCGACAACGCCUUUGAGACACUGGACAUCAAGGCUGGGCAGUCUGAUUCUGAAGAUGAGGAGACUGGUUACAAAGCAGAACCCAUCCUUGAACCAAAGGACCCGUAUGUGCACCGCCCCCUCCCGUGUAUCAUCGGUUCUCAGGCAUUCCUGGAGGAUGAUGAGGUUGGACUGGGAGAUGUAGCCAGCGAGGAUGAGGAAGUUGGCAGUGACCACGGCAGUGUCAGCGAGUCCGAGAGUGAAAAGGACAUGUCAGAAUCAGAGUAUUCUGAGUCUGAAGAAGAAGAAAGUGGUUCAGAAGAAGAGGUUGUAAAACAAAAGAAGACGAGACCACAAGUAAGUACAACGAGGGAGGACAGUGAAGAAGAAGGUGACUUAUUUGGUGGAGCAGCAUCAGAUGAGGAGGAGUCUGGAGAGGAGGAAGAAGAGGAAGAUCAGCCACAGAAAGCUGGAGGUUUUGCUGCAGAGCUUGCCUCCAGGAUCGGGGGUGCUGUCCCCACGGCUCAGCCUGCAUCUGAUGAGGACGAGAACUUGGAAGAAGAAAGGAAGUCAAAGAAAGAGCAAAGACGGGAGAGGACAGAGUCUACAUCCAGUAAAGGAUCUAAGACAGGGAAAAAAGAGAAGAAGUCAAAGUCAAAGAAGAGAACCAAGACAAAAGAAGGAGAUGACCUGUUUGGUGCUCCUCCAAAGGAAGAUGAAGAGGACUCACCGUUUGGUGGGAAGGGACUGUUCAGUGGAGGGGGAGGGCUGUUUGAUGAUGAUCCUCCGGCUGGUGGUGGUGGUUUGUUUGAUGAUGAUGUGCAACAGGAAGAACCAGAGGCAGAACCAGAGCCAGAGCCUGCUCCAACCAAGAAAGAAGCAGCCAAAACCAGAAGUGGAAGAAAGUUGCCUGCAGGAGCAGUGUCGUUGUUCCAAGGUGGAGAUGAUGACCUGUUUGCGUCCAGUCCGCCUAAGGACACCAAGCAGCCUAGUGCACCAAAGGCUGCCAGCAGUGGUGGGCUGUUUGAGGCAGAGGAUGAUGAUGAAGACCUCUUCUCAGUGGGAGGGGCCACUAAGCCACCUCCUCUCAAAAAAGAAGAGCCCAAAGCUAAGCCUAAAGGAGGCUUUGACUUGUUUGGUGAGGAUGAAGAGGAGGAGGAGGAAGAAGGGGGGUUGUUUGGGGGGUCAGCACCUGCCAAGCCUGCUGCAGCAGAGAAGAAACAAGAGGAGGAACCAGCCAAGAAAAAGCUGCCGCCUGGUGCAGUGUCCAUGUUUGGUACGGGAACCAAUCCACUUGCCUCGGCCAUCGCUGCAAGAAGGAAAUAUUCUUCCGACGAAGGAGACUGGGACGAUGAAGAAGAAGAAGAAAAAGUACAUACAGAGGAAGAAAAGAAGCCAGAAACAUCCAAGAAAGAAGAAGAACCAAAGGAGAGGAUGUUUCAGCCACCUCCUCUUACUGAUCAGCCCAAACCCAAGUCUGGAAUGUUGUUUGAUGAUGAUGAAGAGGAUGACCUGUUUGGCAGUGUCCCUGCCAAGAAAUCGGCAGCCAGCUCGCGGCCUGCCUCUCAGGCUGUGCCCCAGCCUAAGAAACCUGCUGCCGGGCUAUCGCUAUUUUCAGACGAAGACGAAUCAGGGGACCUGUUUGGUGGCUCCGCUCCAACUGUGAAGGAACCAGAGAGGAGACCAGAACCAAAACAGGCUGUAGACACCAAGACUGGAAACUCUGGUCUGUUUGAGGAUGAGGGAGAGGGACAGGACUUGUUCAGUACUGGUGUCAAAGCAAACAGCAGUAGUAGGAAGAAGCCACCAGGAGGGGUGGACCUAUUUGGAGGUGCUGAUGUAUUUGGUAUAGGAAAGAAGGAGGGGGAAGGAUCUAAAGCAGCCCUGCCUAAACCCAAGCAGAUCAGCAUGUUUGAUGAAGAUGAGAAAGAUGACGACUCAGCAUCCAUUAAGAGCCACGAUUCUUCUGGCAAAGCCUCGCUAGCUUCCAGUGACAGCGGUGGGCGCUCCUCUGCUGCUCCUGCCAAGAAGCCUGCUGCCCUGGGGCUGUUUGGUGAUGAUGAUGAUGAGGCGGACAGGGGACUGUUCUCCUCACCUGCUGUCAAAAAGGACGCCAAGCCAAAAAAACAAGACAAGCCCGCAAAACAGGCCAAGAGUCUGUUUGCAGACGAGGAUGUGCUGUUUGGGGGACAGGAGGAGACACCUGAGGUGGACCUCUUCAGCUCAUCAAGCUCUUCCAAGCCUGCACCAAAACAUGACACAGAGGAAGAGAAGGCCAAACCUGCCGGGGGAGACAUGUUUGGGGAUGAUGAUGAUGGUGACCUGUUUUCCUCAAAAUCAUCAACACAGAAACAGGACCCAGUACCAGAGCCAUCUAAGUCAGAGCCUCUGUCUGCACCUGAAGAGAAGAAACCAAAGAAACUGGCUGGAGCAGUGUCUAUGUUUGGUGGCAUGGACCCCACAGCACUGCUGAAGAAGAAACAGUCAGCUGAGAAAAAGGAAGCAGCAUCUGACCCCCUACUCGGUGAUCAACCAUCUCCCUCUCCAGUUUCUGAAGAGCCUUUGCCAUCAUUAACUGAAGAAAAAACGCCUGUGAAGCCUGAAGGGUUCAAGUCUGUGAGGCCUCCUAAAGGGAGGCAGGCAUCCUCAGCUAUUGGGAAACUGCAGGCCAGUCUUGCCAUCAACCCCAGUGCCAUGCUGCCAGGUGCUGCCCCACCUGUGAAAGAAGAAGAGUCUGUACCUGUUUCAUUUGACCAGCCCAUGCAGACAAAGACUUUAGAGAGCUUGAGCAAGGAUCGUGCCAAAAUCCAAACCAAACGGAGACUGCCAUCAAGGAGAGGUAGAAGGGCCGGCGCAGGUCAGCAGGUGGACAGUACAGUAUCCCCAGACUCCCCUUCAGAGCCCAGCUCUUCCCUCCUUCCACCAACCAGCACCCCAGCCAACCUGUUUGGGAAGGACAAUCCUCUGGCUGAGGAAGAAACUACAGCCAAGGACAAGCCUGUUGCAUCUGCUGUGACCAGCAAGGAUGAGCCGGAUGCCUUGGAUGACAUCUUCAGCAGUUCCAAGAAGUCUACAAAGCCAGCACCAUCAAAAGUCUCAUUAGAUGAAGACCUCUUUGGGUCAGCCCCAGUGGCAAGUGCUACAAAAGGAAGUAUAGAGGGUGACGAUUUAUUUUCUUCAGCCUCAACAAGAACUGCACAAAUUGAAGGAGUAACCGGUGCUAACCGUACUAGUGGAAAAGCCUCUGAGGCUGACUUGUUUUCAGCCGCCAAGACAAAACAAGAGGAAAGGAGCAGUGACCAGUCAGCAGGCAAUGACGAUGACUUGUUUGCAUCUAGUAAAACUACAGCUCCCAAGAAGACUGGGAAACUAGGGGAGAUGCCAGAGGAUGACAUCUUUGCCACUGAAGCAGCCAGCGCCAGUGCAAAACCCAAGAAGUACAAAGCAGUAACCCCAGAGAGUAGCCUGUUUUCUGAUGACACGAACAUCUUUGCUGAUAUUCCUGCCACCAAGCCCAAGGAGAAGAAGAAAAAGACAACCAAGGCCGCAAGCAAAAGCAAAGGCCUAUUCAAGGAUGAUGUGGAUGACAUAUUUGCGGAGGCAGGCAGUAGUGCACCCAAGAAGUCCAAACCCAAGAAAAAGCCAGCCAAGAAGACUGAACCGCAGGGAAAUAUCUUUGAUGACGACACAACAGACAUCUUUGCAGAUCCUCUCAAUGCGAUGCAAAAAUAGUAACUGCAGGGUUAUAACUUAUACAAUACGGCUUAUGUUUUGAAAUCAUAUGUAAAUAAUUCAAUAUGAAUGCCAGGUUCGAUUUACAAAUUGAUAGUUUUUUUGUCAGCAGAUCCUCUCAAUAUGGUGAGGUACAUGUACAGUACAUUGUACAUUGUAUGUGAUAGCAGCAACAGUGCAAGGCAACUGUGUUGUAACAUGAUAAUGUAAAUAAUUCCAUAGCAAUACCAAUUUUGAUGGCAUGUACGACUUGAUAACUUGUCAAAUUUAUACUAAUGAUUAAGGCCACAGAAAGUUGAUUUAUGGAUAGCACCUAUCCAUUGUUUUUUUUGCUUGAUAUAAAAAAAAAGUUUGUUCCCAUCCAAUGAUGGUCCACGUGAGAGAACAUACGGAAAAUGGAAAGAAACGUCAUGUAGUGGUAGCCUUUAAAAGUGACAGGAUCACAACAACAGCAUCAGGGGAGAUGAAAUUCCCAUAGUUUUUUCCACUAAUGAUAUACUUAUGACAAUAAAAAGCAUAAUCCAAUUUCAGAGUAGGUAAAUGAAGUUUGCAUUACAAAUUUUUGCUUUCAUGUUUUUUUUGCAUCAUGAAUAGAGCCUAAAACUAGUGUCAAUUUUGAGGUUGAAAACAGGAAUGAAUAAAUCUAAGAAUUGUUGGCUAUGA